CCUGAAUCGGAGGUCAAACGAGCUCAAACGAGAGCAACGAAGCUUAGGAGUGCAUGCUGGAAAUUGUGCACGGCCGUGUAAAAUUAUGCACGGCCGUGUGAGUUUCCAGGGGGGUUUGCACGGCCAAAAAUUCAAUUUGCACGGCCGUGCAAGUAGGGGGUGCGAGUUUCAGCGGGUAUAAAAGCUGUUUUGCGAUUUUUGGAGAGGGAGAGCUGGGUUUUGGAUCCCAAACACCCAAGGGACGAACCCUAGAGAGAGAGAGCGACUGGGGAUCAUUCUUGUACCUAUUUUGGAGGAUUUAUUCACCAUUGGAGCUCGAGAAUCAAGCUUGGACCUAAUUGAGGAUCUAGGGGGAAUCGUACCUAAGUGAAUUCCCAACUUGUAAUUAGUAGUUUAGCCUUAGCUUAGUUAGUAGAGUAGUUUAGUAAAUCAAUCAUUAAUCUGGUUUGCUAGAUAAUGAACUGAAGCUGAGUAAUAGUAACUCUAGAGACCCGUGGAUUCGAUAUUUAUUAUUGUGCCACUAUACUGCAGUCCCUUUCAUUGGAUACACUUGGCCAUUGUUCGGAGUUGUGUCGUAGCAUGUCAAGUUUUUGGCGCCGUUGCCGGGGAAUUUCUAGAUUAUUAGGAAAGGCAUAAGUUUGUUACUUUAGCAUAUUUUUUUUCCACCCUUGCUUUUCACUUGGGUGUUUUUGUUUUAGUUCGUGCAGAUCUGAAUCAUGGAUCCUCAUGGCUUCUUCAACCAUUGGGGGUAUCCACCACCACCCGAGUGGUAUUACCCCGACACAUCCUGGAGCAAUCAAGCAGGAGAAGGUUAUGGAUUCGGGUUUCAAUACCAACCCCCUACUAUGGAGAACAACCAGACCCUUGGGAACCUCAAGAACAAUGUUCUUAUCAGGAAGAAUUCCUCCCACAACCAGAAGGGCCAUCGGAGUUGGAGUUCAUUGCACAAAAUGUUGCCCAACGUGUGUGGCACCGUUCAUUGCACAAAAUCGGGUUUUGGAAGAGAUUUUAGUGAUCCUUAGUGGGAUGUACACCUACAAGGUGAAGCUAAGCCGUCUCUAGUACGAGUAAAAUUUCCACCCGUUGAACGGUUUGCCUACUUGAGGAUGUGUUUUUAAGGGCACGGAUAGAGCUUCCGACACCCCUUAAUUUCAUUGACCCUCCACACGAAGUGAGGAAAAAGAGUUAAAAGAAGUACUCUGGCGAGCGACAGAUGUACAAAAAUUGCUCUUGCUCAACUAAUAAGGGCCGACCGGGCAUACAAAUUAUUGUUGGAACCCCAGUAAAGUAAAGCAAAAGAAGAACAAAUAAUGCGAAAAGGGGUUCCAACAAGUGAAAUGAAAUGAAAGAGCACCCGAUACAAAGAGUCCUUGGUUGUUGAAUUGUGUGAGUCCCUCUAUCCAUGAAUUGGUUGUCUUUGUUUUGCUGCUUCUCAUGAUCCUGGCUUGAGCCUAGUACUCGCAUUAAGAGAGAUAGGGGACGUCUUAGAAGACCAGUUGACCUCGUAAGAUGCUAAAUGAUCUAGGAAAUCCUCUACCGACGAUCGGGGUUGUAUGUGGUUGUAAAGGACUGGAGAGUUACAUUGGUUUGAGUCAGGUUUCCUUGGGGACAAGCAAACAGUUAAGUGUGGGGGAAUUUGAUGACUACAUAUUUACACAUGUUUUAUCCCUCAUUCCUUGAUUGUUUAGCUUGGUUUUUAUCCUACUUUGGCCUAAUUUACGCUAGGUUGUGUUCCUUUGUCACAUUUCAGGUCCUAGCAUGUAAAGUGAAGCCUUGGUGCAAGUUUCAAGUCAAUCGAAGAUAAAUUGGCGACUCGGGGUGAGAAACUCGGGAAUGACUUGAGGAAGAAUGGAUUUCUACCUCAUUUUAUUGACAAAUAAUCAUGAAAGCUUGUCAUGAAAAGAAAUAGGACAAGACUACGAGCAUCUGGGAUCAAAUGGCACCUGAAUCGGAGGUCAAACUAGAUCAACGAAGCUUAGGAGUGCACGCUGGAAAUUGUGUGCGGUCGUGUAAAAUUCUGCACGGCCGUGUGAGUUUCCCAGGGGGUUUGCAUGACCAAAACUUCAAUUUUCACGGCCGUGCAAGUAGGGGGUGCGAGUUUCAGCAGGUAUAAAAGUUGUUUUGUGAUUUUUGGAGAGGGAGAGCUGGGUUUUGGAUCCCAAACACCUAAGGGACGAACCCUAGAGAGAGAGCAACUGGGGAUCAUUCUUGUAGCUAUUUUGGAGGAUUUAUUCACCAUUGGAGCUCGAGAAUCAAGCUUGGACCUAAUUGAGGAGCUAGGGGGAAUCAUACCUAUGUGAGUUCCCAACUUGUAAUUAGUAGUUUGGCCUUAGCCUAGUUAGUAGAGUAGUUUAGUAAAUCAAUCAUUAAUCUAGUUUGCUAGAUAAUGAAAUGAAGCUGAGUAA